GUCUCACCGACCGCCAGACCUCGAGGACUCCACGAUACAAAUUGUAGACCAUGAGAAACUGGAGUGUUUGUUUGAUUUUGCUGACGGUGGUUGUAGCCUGCGCAUCGCAACAACAAUUAUUUAACCGUUAUGAUAAUUUCAAUGCCGACGCCAUAAUGCAAAAUGAAAGGAUACUACUGGCAUAUUACAAGUGUGUUAUGGAGAAGGGCCCAUGUACAAAGGACGGGAAAAACUUCAAACGAGUCUUACCAGAAACCCUACAAACAGCUUGCGGACGAUGUUCUCCGAAACAAAAGACGGUAGUUAGAAAAAUGCUGAUGGGAAUACGAACAAAGAGUGAACUACGAUUUACUGAACUAUUAGAUAAAUACGAUCCUAACUCAGUCAACAGAGAAGCACUUUAUAAUUUCCUACUAACUGGGAAUUAGUUAACGUUAAGUUAUUAACAACUUUAGCUAACACACUGUAAUUGCGUUGAUUUAUUACAUUUAAUAUUUAUGUAUGAAUUGAGAAUUAUUGUCAUAAGUUACAAUUGAAUACAUUUAUACAUUGAAUAAGAAUUCCACACAAUAGAUACCAAUAAUUGACAAUACUAUUUACACAUAUUAUAAGACUUGAAGUACUGGGACUAAAGGCUUGAAGUGUUGGAAAUUUUUUUCAUAGAUGACGCAAGUGAGAAAUAAGACAAAGGGGCUUAUUGAAAAUUUCACCCCCUAGGGGAUAAAUAAGAGAUUGGACGAUUGAAUGGUAUUACGUCAUUUUAAAUUUAAGAUAUACAAUAUUGAACAUACAAUCUUCUGCUUAGAAUAUAAAUCUAGUUUGUAUGAAGCCCUUAUUUAUUUUUAGCCCUAAGGUUGCGAAUUCAAUUAAAAUCAUGACAUAAGUAAGCUAGUGCCUUCCUCGACCAUAUUUUUAGGUAAAAAUUGAGCCACCCAAUAACUUAGGAGUUAAAUUUUAACUUAAUUUAAUAUUAUAUGGACAGUAAAUAUUGAAGGGAUAAAUUUUGUCAUAAUCAAGUUUCUUUGUCAUCGAGUAUGAAGUGAUCCCUCUGGUAUUGCAAGAGAAUGUAGACAGCGAUGAUCACUUUUCAUUAUCAUACACUCGGUCGACUAGGGUAAAUUACUAAUUAUAAUUAUCUUGUAAUACCUAUGUGUAACUAAAUAUAUAAUUGAUGUGCAUUCUUACAAUUUCCUCGCAUUCAUGGAUAAGUAGGAUAAAAUACAUAACAAUAUAAUUAACUAUCUAUAAUAGUAUCUAAUAAUUUGUUAUAUUAUAAUCUUGUAAACUGAGCGAAUAUAUCGGUUGUGUUACUCUGUACAUUUUAAAUAGUUUAUAUUUUAUAUUUAAUUUAUUUAUAAUAACUUAAGUUGAAGUCAGAAAUAAACAAAAUGCGAUAUAA